GGCCCGCAAAGCGCGAUGGUGACUUGGCGGCGGGACGGCCGGCUGACGGGCAGCCAACGGCUGCUGUGCGCCGGGCUGGCGGGGGCGCUGAGCCUCAGCCUCACCGCGCCGCUGGAGCUCGCCACCGUGCUGGCCCAGGUCGGCGUCGUGCGGGGCCGCGCCCGGGGUCCGGGGGCCGCGGGGCUCCUGGUGUAGCGGGCCGAGGGGCCCCGGGCCCUGUGGAAGGGGAACGCGGUGGCGUACCUGCGCCUCUUCCCCUGAAGUGCCGUUCAGCUCGCCGCCUACCGCAAGUUUGUCAUGCUGUUCACUGAUGACUUGGGCCAUAUUUCCCAGUGGAGUUCCAUCAUGGCUGGGAGUCUUGCAGGCAUGGUUUCCACCAUUGUGAUAUAUCCUACAGACCUCAUCAAAACCCGGUUGAUUGUACAGAACGUGCUGGAACCAUCUUACGGGGGAAUCCUCCAUGCUUUUUCUACUGUUUAUCAACAGGAAGGAUUCCUGGCCCUUUAUCGAGGAGUUUCCCUUACUGUUUUAGGUGCUCUCCCCUUCGCUGCUGGCUCCCUUCGCGUUUACACAAAUCUGGAGAAAAUCUGGAAUGCACCCCAAGAUCGGUUCUCUCUCCUCCAGAACUUUGCCAAUGUCUGCCUGGCUGCUACAGUGACCCAGACCCUCUCCUUUCCCUUCGACACAAUGAAGAGAAAGAUGCAGGCUCAGAGCUCUUACCUUCCCCACUGCGGAAGAGUAGAUGUCCAUUUCUCAGGAGUAGUGGACUGCUUUCGGCAGAUAGUGAGGACCCAAGGGGUACUGGGGCUCUGGAAUGGAUUGACAGCCAACUUACUGAAGAUAGUUCCAUAUUUUGGAGUUAUGUUUGGUACCUUUGAGUUCUGCAAGAGAAUCUGUCUUUACCAAAAUGGUUACACUGUGUCUCCUCUGAGCUAUAAAUUGACCCCAGGAGUGGAUCAGAGUUUGAAGCCCCAGGAAUUACGCGAAUUAAAAAAAUUCAAAACUGGACAACUGAAGUCUAAAAAUCCAACUGUUUAAAUGGAACUGGAAGUGCACAGACUGAAGGUGUGUUGCAGUCAAAGACAAAAGUAGCCUACUAAUUGUGCAUGUGUGGAGUAACGAGAAGGUACUCCUGUCUGCUGCUAUUGGAAAUGAGAAGAUUCAGCCAUACACCACCUCUGAGCUUCAAACUGAUGUCCCUGUGAACACGUGCCCCACGAGAUUUCCCAACAUGACCAUCUCAUGACUGACAUUCUAUCAGAUUUUACAACAAAACCUAGCAGUAAUGAAAUGUACA